AUUAUGGUUAAACAGUUCUAUAUCACACGCUUUGGGUGAGUGAGAGAAUAGCUAGCCGAAGUUAUUAAGGCUGAAUUUAAUAGAGUCUGGGCGUGUGUUAAGUGAAGAAUGACGAACAAAGACAUAAAAUUCAACAGCAGUCUAUUUUUCCGGCAGCUGAGCAGGCUGAAUCAGAAUUGGAAAUCUAACGCAGCUAGCUGGAAGGAUUCGUGUGCGCUUGUGCUGUCGCUGGGGGAAGAUUUUGGUAAGAGGGCGAAGAAGACCAGAGCGAUACAGUAUUAUUUGCUACAACAUGAUUUGGAAAACACAUUGAUAGUGCUGACUCCGACGGCGUUUUGGAUUUGCUCGGCGUCGAAUAAGGUUGACCAGCUGAGGGAGGUGUUGAAGGUUAAUGGAGAACAGGCAACCGUGCCCGGGGUACGUCUUGUCAAAAUGACUACACCCAAAGAGGAAGCAUGUUACGAUGAUGUUAUAACGGACAUUCGAAGAGCAGCGAGGGAUGUGCGGAGAUUGGGGGUGGUUCAGAGAGACGCUGAAUUUAUGAUAGAGAGUUGGCGCGCGACAGUGAAUAGGGCUGGGUUUGAGCAAAUAGACGUGGAGGAGGCGUGGAGUAAUUUAUUCGCAAUCAAAGAGGAGAACGAGGUGCAGUGUACGCGUACAAGUGCAAUGAUUGCCUCUUCCCUGUUCAAAAAGGUUAUAAUGCAUAUGGAAACGAUUAUAGACGAGGGGAGUUUGAUCACCCACGACAGAUUUGUCGAAGAGUACAUUCUUAAGUAUUUUGCGAAUCCGGCGUUGAUUUCUAAGCAGCUGAGCAAUAAUGCGGGUCAAGUGAGUUCUGCUUUAGUUCCGGUUGUUCAGUCAGGAAGUGAGUGCUCGCUCGACGAGCCCUUCAAUUCUAAUAGCAAUAUGCAUUUCAAAACGAUCAUUAUAGAGCUGGGCGUGCGAUUCAAGUCCCUUUGCACCAGUUUGGCGCGAACGUACAUGAUUGACGCCAACAAAGUGAUUAGGAAGACUUAUAACUUUACGCUGGAGCUCCAGACGUCGCUCAUUGCUCUGUUGGUUCCUGGGACGGUCAUGAGUACCGUUUACAAGACUGCCGUUCAAACGAUUCAGGAGUCGCGCCCGCAGCUGCAGAGGUAUUUCGUGAAGGCUUGCGGUUGGAGUGUGGGCGUGGAGGCGGAGGAUUCUCUAUACCGAUUUAGCGAAGGCUGUUCCAAAACGCUUCGAGAGAACAUGGUCGUACAAGUUCGCGUCGGGUUUGCGAAUGUGCCGAUUGCUGGCCCGUCGGAGGGCAGAAGUGAGUCCAGCGCUGAGCGCUUUUCCGUCCUGUUGUCCGACACGGUGCUGGUGACGUCGACCAAGCCCGAGGUGCUCACGAGGGUAGCCAAUAAGUACACUGACAACAGCUAUUCGAUUCAAGACGAAGAAGAUCAGGAAGAGGUCGUGGAGGUAAAGGUUAAGGACGAAAACAAGGCGGCGCACAAGAAAAAGAGCAACGAGUCGAAUCAAUGGGAAUACUCCGGUGCUUCCAACGCAGAGGAGCCGCGCAUAGUGACUCGGAGGUCAACGCGCGUUGCGAUGGUCGAAAAUUCAGAUGAGGAAGCUAAGCGGCAGAUUCACCAAAAGCAGCUGGCGAUCAAGCAACGAGAAGAGAUGCUCAAGCGCUACGCGAAUGGAGACCGCAAGUUGUCCGUUGACAAGCCGGAGAAAGCCAAAGACAGCAUAUCCUACAACAGUGGGCGUGAUUAUCCACCUGAGCUGCGCAGAAAUCGUAUAUACAUCGAUAUGAACUGUGAAACUGUGUUUUUCCCGCUUUUCGGACAAUCCGUGCCUUUUCACAUUCGGACUAUCAAAUCCGCGGUCAAGUCAGAGGACUAUCUGAAGGUGACCUUCCGACAUCCCGGAGCGCCUCAAGCCGACGAAGUGUUCAAAGACCCCAGUGCCACCUUCGUCAAAGAGAUUUUGUUUCACGUCGCAGACACCGCUUCUCUCAACGAGCACACUCGGCUUUUGAACGAGCUAAAGAAGCGCGUCCAGGACCGCGAGAGCGAGAAGAAAGCCAUCGAGUCUCUCGUGGUUCAGGAGCCGCUGCAAAAAUCCUUGCGUCCGGGGCCCAAACUCGGCAAUCUCUUCAUACGUCCCAGUCUCGGUGGGAGCAGCAAAGUGACCGGCGUGUUGGAGGUGCACCAGAACGGAUUCCGAUACACCACCUCGAAACGAGCGGUUCUCGACGUCAUCUAUAAAAACAUCAAGUACGCAUUUUUCCAGCCGGCGGAGAACGACGCCAUCGUCCUCAUUCACUUUCAUCUGUACCACGCUAUCAUGAUCGGGAAAAAAAAGUCAUUCGACGUCCAAUUUUACGACCAGGUGAUCGACACCUAUCAAGACAGCGGUGCCGUCACGAGCUGGAAUGACAACGACGAGAUAGAGCGCGAACAGCGCGAGCGAGACCACAUCAACAACCAAAACAAACGGUUUAAAAAUUUUGUAGAAGAAGUCGAGACGUUUUCUGGAAACACCAUUGAAUUCGAGCGCCCAUAUCGCGAUUUGGGCUUCUACGGCGUCUACGGACGAGAAAAUGUGUUCCUCAUGCCCACAAUGAACUGCUUAAUCAGCCUGAUCCAAAUUCCAUUCUUUAUUUUACCUCUAGACGAAGUAGAAGUCGUGUUCUUUGAACGGGUUCAUUUCUCGAUUCGUAACAUCGACAUCACCUUCGUCCUCAAAGACUACUAUAAGCCGCCUAUCCAUCUCAGCACCAUCAACCGCGAGUCCCUGCACAUGAUCAAACGGUGGCUCGACAGCUGCAACACCAAGUACUACAGCUCCAAGGCGAACCUGAAUUGGAAGUCCUUCAUGGAGCGCAUUCGCCGAGACUGCUUGGGAUUUUGGGAGGAUGGGGGCUGGGACACCUACGAGCGCCAGGACGAAAGCGACGAAAGCGAUUCAAAAGAAGACGAAGAAGAGGAGGACUUUGAGCCCAGUGGCUCAGACAGCGAGGACUACGACUGCUAUUUGUCGGAGGACGACGAGGAGGUGGAAUCAGAGGAGGACGACGAGAUAGUAGACUCAUCGGAAGAAGAAAAUGCAUGGCCGGGCUCCAAGAAAGAGGCAAAAAACAAGAAAAAGGCAAGGUCGUGGCAGGAUGAAGAAGACAGAAAUAGCUCGAAAAAGAAAAAAUAGUAAAUACUUUUCAAAAGGCCGAUUGUACCGUCUCCCCUUAAUCACAAAGAAAUAUAGUUUAGGCACUUACUUCCUCCCACCGUUCUUUGAAGUCGGAGGUGAAAUUUCAAUUUGAUCAAAAGUAUGAAACUGGUAGGCAUCUCAAAGAUAACAAGCGAACAAACUGCCGUCCGGAAGAGGGCGAGCAAGGUACAACAUCCUAGUAGCACACAAUUUCGUUUUCUCAAGAGUUUGUGUAUUUCAAUCGUUUCACCGCGUUUGUCUCUCUCGCACAGUGAAAGUUUUGGCGCUCAUGUACCCUUUUAGUUCUCACCUAGACCAUGAUACUGAGCCUUUGCGCAUCGACGACGCUAACUAUUGAGAAAUCAAAAAAACUUCGAACAGAAUCAAUUACGGAGGAAGGCAAGCUUCGGCCGCCUUAGGAUUGCUCUGAUUUUUUUUGUAAGCGAUUGGCAAAAUGG